AUGGGUGUACGAGGAUUAACAACCUACUUACAAAGUGAUCCACGAAAUUUUAUUGAAUAUCAAUUACAUAAUACAACUGUGAUUAUUGAUGGAUUGAAUUUUUUAAAUUUUCUCUAUUUUGAUUCUGGAUUAUAUACACAAUUUAAUGGAGAAUAUUUAGCAUUCAGUGGAGUAAUUCAUCGUUUUAUCAAUAUAUUAAAACGGUGUAAUAUAAACCCUAUUUUUGUUCUAGAUGGGUGUCAUGAUCAUUUCAAAUUGAAUACACAAAUGAAAAGAAAUUAUCAACGUAUGCAAACAUGUCGUCAAUUAUUAAAUUCUAUAAAACAUAAUCAAUUAUCAUCAACUCAUUCAUUAUAUAAUGUUCAAUUACUUCCACCAUUAACCAUUAUAACAUUUAUUCAACUAUUAAAUCAAUUAAAUAUUCAUUAUAUUACAUGUGAUAGUGAAGCUGAUCAAAAUGUCAUGAAUUUAGGCAUAUAUUUGAAAUGUCCAAUUAUAAGUAAUGAUUCCGAUUUUUAUAUCACUAUCCCUAAUCAUAAUCAUAAUGAUCCAAUGAAUAAUGAUGAUAAUGAUGGUGUCUCAUUUCUACCAUUAUCAUUGAUAUCCUUUAAACCAAUAAUCAAUAUAAUCCGAUGUUAUUCUUGUCAAAAAUAUAAUCAAUUAUGUAUGUAUAUAAAAUGUCAAAAAUUUUUAAUUGAUGGACCAGGUUUAAAAAAUUUAUCGAUUGAUCAACGUUCAUUAUUAGCUAGUUUAUUAGGGAAUGAUUAUAUUUCAUCGAAUCAAUUUAUUCAUAAAUUACCUAUAUCAUUUAAUGAUAAAACAAUCUUAUUACAUCAUCAUCAUCAUACUAUGACGAAACAAAUGAAAUUAAAACGUCGUAAAUUGAUUAUAUUACAAUUAAUUAAUUGGUUAUUACAAUUUAAUAAUACUAAUAAUAAUAAUCUUGAUAGACCAAUUCAAUGUUUAUUAAAUAAAUAUCCUAAAUUAGAACGAAAUCAAUUAUAUCAUCAAUUAAUGUAUAGUAUUCAUACUUAUCAUAUUCAUUCAAAUUUAUUCUAUUUACAUUUUAAUAAGGAUUUGAAAUUAUUUAAAAAGAUUCCUACAUUUGUUAAUAAAAAGAAUAUAAAAUCUGAUAUUGAUUGUAGUAUUGGCAACAGUAGUAAUAGUAGUAGUAGUUGUAGUAACACAAUGAUGAAAUCUGUUACAAUGCAACAACAAUUAUCACCAUUGAAUUCAUCAUGUCCUUCUGAAUAUGAUAGUGAAAUUGAUGAAAAUCAAAUAUUAACUGUUGAAGAAGAACAAGAAGAUGAUGAUGAUGAUGAUGCUGAAGAUGAUAGUCGUAAUACAAUGAUGAAAUCUGUCACAAAUCGACAACAAUUAUCACCAUUGAAUUCAUCAUAUUCUUCUGAAUAUGAUAAAGAAAUUGAUGAAAAUCAAAUAUUAACUAUUAAAGAAGAACAAACUGAUGAUGAUCAUCCUAAUGACCAUAGUAACAAUAAUGAUGAUGAUGCUGUGAAAGAAGAUGAUGAUGAUGAUGAUGGUGGUGGUGGUGGUGGUGGUGGUGGUGUUAAUGAACUGAAUGAUUAUAAUACUAAUCAAUCUAUUAAUAAUAAUAAUAAUAAUAAUAAUAAUAAUAAUAAUAAUAAUAAUAAUAAUUCAUAUAAAAUAACAACAUAUUGGCCUGCUGAAUUAUUAAAUUCAUUUAGAAAAUAUCUAAUUUUACCAAUAUUUUUAGAUAGUAUCUUAUCCUAUGGUACAAUAUGUCUAUGUUGUAUUGAAUCAUUAUAUCAUUAUUCAUCCAUUUAUUCUAAUACAAUAUAUCUUCGUACAUUAAUUUAUAAUUUAUUAUUAGGCAUUGAAUCCAAUUAUACAUUACGUUAUCCAAAUCAAUUAAUUGGUUUAAAUCAAUUAAAUAAUAAUAAUAAUAAUAAUAAUAAUAAUAAUAAUAAUAAUAAUAAUCCUUUGUAUUAUAUUAUAGAAUAUGAUCGUAAAAAUGCAUUUCAUAUCAAAAAACGUAAAAUAUUCGUUGAACCAAUACACUUAUUAUCAUUAUGUAAUACUCCUACUCCUACCCCUCCUCCUCCUACUACUCCUACUCCUACUCCUACUAAUAAUAAUAGCAAUAAUAAUGAACUAAAUAUAAAAAGAGAUCCGCGUUUAAUAUUUCUUCAACAAUAUUUAAAUCUGGAUUAUGAUUUUAUGGAAUCACAUAAUGAUUGGUUAAUAUCUAUUGUAUUAAUUAAUGUAUUAAAUUAUAAAAGUCAAUCCAUACCACUUUAUACUACUACUAAUACUACUAAUACUAAUACUACAACUACUACUGAUACUACUACUACUACUACUAAUACUGCUAUUAAUAUUGAUGAUAUCACUCAAUGUCCUAUCUCAUUGACAUUUGGUGCUCUAUGUAUAUGUACAUAUUUAUUAACCAUUCAUUCUAAUCAUCAUUUAUCAUCCUAUAAAUUAUUAAAUAAACAUUAUUAUAAGUGUGCAAAUUAUUUUCUAAAACAUAUAAAAUCUUUGAUAAAUAAUAAAAAAAUUAUUAAUAAAAAACAAUUAAAUAAAUUAAAUAUUAAUUAUGUACAUAGAUAUGGUCAAUUACAAAUAAUUUAUAUAACAUUAUAUACAUUAAUUCAUUUAUUAGAUACCAUAGUAACAAUCAAUCAAAAAAAUCAAUUAAAAACUUGUUUACAUUUUUUGUCGAUUUAUUUUAUGUUUCCAAGUGGUUAUCUUUUUCAUAAUAUAUGUCAUUGUAUUAGUUUCAUUCCAUCCAAUGGUAAUAAUAAUAAUAAUAAUAAUAAUGAACGUUAUCAUUAUGUACGUAAUGUAAUUAUCAAAGAAUUAUUAAAUUAUAAUCAUCAUACUAAUCAAUAUUUAAAUGAUGCAUAUAAUUUAUUUGAUCAAUAUUUACACAUGUGUAAUAGUAAUCUAUUCAAGAAUAUAUUGAAUAAAUCUUUGAAAAAAUUCAAUUUUAUAAAUCAUUCAAAAUCAUUACAAGCUGAUAAUGUAAUCAAACAAGAUUUAUUGCCCAUAGCAACAACAACAACACCAUCACUACCACCACCAACAACAACAACAACAAAUAAACCAAUUCAAAUGAAAAUGAAAAAAAUAAAGAAAAAAUAUAAAUCAUCAAAAAAUAAUAAUAAUAAACAAUUAUCCUAUGCUGAAAUAGAAGAGAAAGUUAGAAAAUUAAUGUUAGAAAAUGGUUUAUUAGAUUAAAGAUAAAAAGUAAGAGGAGAUUUUUUAUCAUCGGUGUACUGUAAAUAGUAUUUUUUUUACAAAAAAAUUAAAAAAAAUACAUGGUAUUUAUUAAAGA